GUCGCAAGCCAAGCCAAAACGAUCGUUGACGCUACCUAUAAGAAAGAAGAACAUUGUGGGCAAACUUCUUUCGAACUCCCCACUAUGCCACCAGGCAAUGACUUUUGUUCCGCAUCAUUUGACAAUGAUAUAAGCAAUUGCGUUCAAUCCUUUGAACAAAAAUUUAGGAAGGACAAAUCAGAUUCCGCUCUUUGCUCAGAAUAUGCUAAAGCAAAGAAGUGUUCAAGGGACGUGAUCGAUUCCGACUGCAACUACCCAUCCGAGACCAAGGAACUUUUGGACUUGCUUUAUGAUGCCUACAAUCCUUUCUGCGCGGACAAUCGUGACCCAGGGGCGACCAAAAAUAGUCCGUGCUCUGGUGUGGUGAUUGAGAAAGAUGCUAAUGCAGCCGCUGGAACAAAGCCCAGCGUAUUCCAGGCGCUGAUGUUUGCUUUCUUUCUGUUUCUGUUCCUCUUUAAAGCUUAAAAGAUCUAAGUAUCUUGGUUAUCUUGAUUUACAGAAGAGUUUCUAGUCUUAUGGGUUUAGCUUAAAAACAACAACAACAACAAGGUUUUUUGACAUGAUCAAAG